AUGCUCAUGGAUUUGAAAGGUAGUGCUUUCGAGAACAAUCCGACGGUAGCGUUUUUUCUGACUGCAUCAUUAACUGGAUGUUUUGCUUCAACAAUUUAUGCUAUAUCGAUAAAUUUUGUGUUCCGAUAUUUCGCGUUGCAGAGAGAAGGCCGCCUCCGCUAUUUUUCUGGGAAACGUCUCUACUUAUGGAUCUCAAUUCCAUUUCUCUCUGGACUCGCUUGGGUCACGAACAACUGGUUUCUCUUUUCACCAAACCCAGAAAUGACAGAAUAUUUGAGAGCGGAAGUAAAAGAGCUAUACGAUCUCGAUGCUGAUAAAAUGACCUAUACUGGAUGUUUGUAUUGGAGAACUGACGUUAAUGGGAAUAUUUAUUUGAGCAAAAAAGAUUUGAUUGGAGCAUUCAAUUUGAUUAUUAUUAUGAUGAUUCCAUUCUUCACUAUUCUUUAUUUCGGCUCGAAAAGUUAUUCGAAAAUUACAAAACUUAUGUCUCAAGGGGAAAGUGAUUACUCCAGAAAGCUUCAAAUGCAGUUGUACAAAGCGUUGGUUGCUCAGACACUAAUCCCAAUGGUCUUCCUAUUUAUCCCAGUUGGAAUAUUCUUUACCUCCCCUCUUCUCGGUGUGAAUAUUGAGUGGGCGAGUUUCAUUAUCACAUUCUUCUAUUCAUUCUACCCAGCAGUCGACCCGAUUCCAAUAAUUAUGCUGAUUGAUGAGUAUCGGAACGCUUUUUUCAAUUUCUUCCGUCGUGCCAUGUCGAAGAAUCAAGUGGUCUCCGUGGUCUCCAUCGACCUAAAUUACACAUAA